AUGAAGGCAGAGGGAAGGUCAAUAUGGCGAGCCCUCCUGCUGGGUCAGGUGGCCUCACUGCUGUUGUGUGUGACAGGUGUGUGCUGCCAUCUCCUCAACAACACCCACCACCUACAGCUGCCUGCAGCCGUGAGCUUCAUCAACUACGUGCUGCUGUGCCUGGUGUACACGACGUGGUUGGCGUGUCGCUCGGGGGAGGGGUCGCUGCUCAGGGUGGUCAGGACCAAGGGGCUCAAGUACUUCGUGUUGGCCGCCGUCGACGUGGAGGCGAAUUAUCUGGUGCUCAGAGCCUACCAGUAUACCUCCGUCACCUCCGUCCAGCUGCUGGACUGUUUCGUGGUGCCGGUAGUGCUCGCCCUCAGCUGGCUCUUCCUCAAGGUCCGCUACAAGCUCGUGCACGUCCUCGGGGUGGGCCUCUGUCUGCUGGGUGUUGGGUGUCUGGUGUGGGCCAAUGUGGAGGACGGCAAGGCGGCCAUACCUGGGGCUGAGCGUCUGCUGGGGGACAUGUUGUGUCUGGGUGGCGCCACACUGUACGGGAUAAGCAACGUGGCGCAAGAGUACAUUGUCAAGACCUACGACAGUGUUGAGUUUCUGGGAAUGAUGGGUCUAUUUGGCUCUCUUAUUAAUGGCAUACAACUAGCAAUACUGGAGCGUAAUGACGUGGGGUCUGUGAGGUGGGACACUUGGCCAGUGCUGGCGCUGGUUGGGGGCUUCAGUGCAGCCCAGUUCCUCUUCUAUGUGGUGGCCCCAGCAGUCAUCCGUGUAACCUCUGCCACCGCCCUCAACCUGGCCCUCUUCACGGCCGACUUCUACAUCCUCAUCACUGGCAUUGCAUUCUUCAGGUUCAAGUUCCAUCCACUGUACUUCCUGUCGUACAUCCUGGUGGUGACGGGCGUCAUAGUUUUUGUCAUCAAGCCUACACCCAUUGCCUCCACAAACAGAGGUUACUACAGGGAAAUCUCAGUGGGUCGUUCGAGUAGUGGAAAUGAGGUGGAACUGACGACGACCCCAGGUACAGCCACCAGUAGUAUGGGUGGUGGUGCUUCCUUCACUGAGUGGCCGCCACUCCCACCUGAGGUUAGGGGAUGUCCCGACUACCCCUACCCACACUCUCACUCCACCGAAUUCAGGCAAGGGUCGACUGCAACUCCUGUCCCAACUGAAUAUCCAAGUACUCCCCCAUCACCUCCUCAGCAAUUUAGAUCAUUGCCAAGGCCAGCUCGUCGUGAACAAUAUCCGGGUGGUGGCAUGCCCGGAGGCCAAAGGGCUGCAACUCUCCACCGCCCAGCGCGGCUCUAUAGAGCCAACGGUGCCUCAUCCUCUUCCCACGAGCUGGGAGAUGUGAGGUGCUAGAGUUGAGGCUGCUGCUACUUACUAUCACCUCCUCACACUCUUACCAUACAUCAGUACCACAACAAAUACCUUAUCUCUGCUGAGUACCACGGUGUCUUCAGUCAUUGUUGUGUCAUCCUUCCCACGUACUCGCGUCAUAAUGCCGAAUGCAAUGUAAUUUUAGUCGUGACUGUGGCGACUGGGCUGGUUGUUUUUCAAGUCUUCCCCGAGUCUCUGAGAUAAAUCUGAUGGAACAAAUGAAGGGGUUUAUCUUUGAAUAUAUUGUGUGUGUGAAUCUUAUCAUAAUAUGAGAUUCUGAAGAUGGGUCUUUGUUUUUACUAUCAAUACUACAGGAAAUUGUUUACCAGUUCAAACAUCACUAAGGCUCAGGCAAGCCCAUAAUGUGACCUUCAACAGGUUAUAGUUGACCAAGACUGGUUAAACAGAUCCAUGAAGGAUAUUUUUUCUAAUGUUGAUGUUUUAAUGUACAGUAGAGGUGAUGUAAGGUAUAGGUAGAGUAUUUACACACAUUAACCUUACUGAUGACUCCAGCAUCAAGAAGUCACACAAGCAAGGGAUGGGUUACUUACUGAAGCACCUGGACCCCAAUACCCUCUAAAUGCUCAAGACUCAGUUUGUGCAUGAUCUAUGACAUAAUAUGCAGGUUCCUGGAUAUACAGUAUAGAAAAGUAACCUUACAUGAUGACUAUGAAUGUGUAUAAUAUUCACUAAAUAACAUUAAUCAUAUGCAUAAGAUUAUUAUCAUAAAUUGCAGAAUCAUGACACUGGUGUUGGAAAUAGUAUUUUUAGUGCUAGUGAAGGGGUAGACUGCAACAUUAGUGUGUAGUCGGCAUCACCUACAAGGAAAACUUGUGCUCAAGAAAUCACAAUAUAUUUCAGUAUAUUUCUGAUCAAGAGAAGCAUGUACUGAGUGAUUUUUUUUUUGUGUUUAAUACUUGAGACUUUGGACAUGUUCUGUGUUGUGUGGUUUAUGAUAAGUAUAGUGUGUAUGUGACUGUUUUGAUUCUGAAAUAGAAUUUUUGCAAUGGAAGUUGUGACAAUAAUGAUGUGUGUAGAUUUUUGCAUGCUCUAUGGUUACUUCUCUUAGUGGAAGAACCAUAAUAUUAGGAUAUGGUUGUCAAGAGAUUGGGUACUCGAUUUUACAAAAAUCAGUUUUCUUAUUGCUUUCAUCGGUGAUAGAAGUGUGUCAAGACUUCUGUGGUGUUCAACUUUUAAUAACUAAAGUUAAGUACAAGAAGAAUGCCCAGGAGGAAGCUAGUAUAAAUUUUGUGUGUGUGCCAUUGACAAAUGAUCUAUUUUACUAGAGUAAUGUAGGCACCUUGAUUCUCCCCUGGAAGAUAUUUUUUUUGAAGAUGUCAUAUUAUCAAAAUUUGUAAUUUUGUCAAAGCAUGUUGUCCUUCUGUGAAUUACGUAUUUUGUUUUUAUUUAGACUUAUUGCAUGAAUAUGUACAGUCUGUAGAUGUGAGCUAAAUUACUGUGUAGUGGACACAACUGUGGAUUUUUAUCCAUUAUAAAUAGUUGAUCAAAUUUUUGAUAGGCAUUUCCUUUAUCAAAUCUUGUUCAAAAAGUUAAAUAGGUAUGACCUUUCCAGUACUAAGUUACAUGGUUUAACAUCAUUGGGAAGUAAUUUGUGAAAACUAUCACCAUCAUUUGGUACAGUAACAGGUCUUACUGUAAAUUUCAUUCAAAUUAACACUGUCUCUUCCUGGAUAGGCUGAAAAUAUCUCAGCUAGGUAAUACCUGUGUAAUCUUUUCAUUCGAACAAUGAAGUUCCCAGUUAUGUCUUGAAAGUAUAUCAUGAGUGGCAUCUUAUCUGAUCAUAUGUAUUUAUUAUAUUAAUUAAUGUUGAGUUAAUGUUUUCAUAUCUAAGAUUAUUGGUGAAGGAUACUUGUGAAAGUCUCGGGUACAAAAUUAAGUCAGUCUGUAAUGAGCACACAAGCCGUGUCUGCUAUGUUACCGGUAACUGUACACUUCAAUAGUCUGGACAUGAAGCUAAAGGUAGAUAUUCUCCUUUAAAAGAGAUUUCUGUAUAGCUGGUGGGGAGUGGAAACUGUUACCAAUUUUUUCACAGCAUAUUAUUUUACUUUUAUCAUCAUCAAAUCAAUUUACUUGUCAAUUUAAUUAUUUUUUACUUCUCAAACUCACCAGCAGCAAGUACUGAUCUUACAAUUAAGCUGAUUGUAGUGUUUUGGUAAUCAACAUUACACUCAUGAUAACCUGAAUAUUAUUUUCAACACAGCAAGAACUAAAGAAAAUAACACUGCUAGUUUUUGACUACCAUUUCAACCCAUGUAAUAAGUCAUGUUUACUGUGAACGGAAAAAGGAAGCUAUGAUGCAGAUAAGGAAACAAUUAUGAGAUUCUGUCACUUGAAAUUACACUUACCAUUAAGAGGUAUUGUAGUACAGUAUUUGAAUUUUAACUCUUCUUCAUAUGUUCUAAAUCUAAAUACUGUAGUUGAAAGAGUUAUUGAUCAGAAUUGUAUGAUGUAGAAGUUAAUGUAAACAUCUGGUAAUAGAAAUACACUGCACUCUAUCCUCUUUGCCACCUUUUGGUUUACUAAUAGGUUAGGGGGUCAAUCAGUUCUCUACUGUACAGUGUUAUAUAAUUGACUAUAGAGUAACUUUUUUCAUCCAUUUUUUUACUCCAAGUCAUUCCCUGCGACACUAAGGGAUGGCUAAAGUAUGGAGCAAACACAGACUCUUCCUUCAUUUAUUUUCAUUCAAUCAUUCAUUCCUAUUGCUGUAACAAAUUAUGGUAUUUCUACUAUGGUAUAGUAUAUAGUGCUGUACCCAUUUCACAACAUACUGUACUUAAAUAAUUGCAAUCGAAUCCUUAGCAAAUCAAGCUGGCAAUGACAGUAAAUAAUCCUGAUUUAGUCAUGUUAUUUCAGUCACAAAUUCAAAAGAUAACUCAAAUUUUGAUAAAAGUUUUGGGCAUCACAUAUUCCAGUUACAGUACAGUACUUUUGCUAUAAACACAGGAUUGAAACUUCAGCCAUGUUUGUAGUUUAUGGGACAUUGGUUUCUUUAUUUUGGUAGUGAUAUUGGUGCAUUUCUAGUACAGGUAGUGGCAGUGAUAAUACCUGUACCUGUAGUAGUAGUAUUGCUAUUGGUAGUGUAGUACAAUAGUGGUAGUGACAUUAGCAGCAGUGCUGAUAUAAAGCAAGUGCUGGUAUUCUAUAUUAAAUCUUUAGCUCUUCUGUUUAUAAUGUGUACAUUUAUUUAUUAAUUUUGUUUUUGUUGAUUGGUACUUAGAACUUUUCGGAUUGUACUAUAAUGAAUAGUUUUCAGUACUUUGCUAGCACACUACAAGGUUUGAGUCAUAUGCCAAUCUUGUUUUGUUCUCUAGUCACUUCUCUUAUAUCAAUAUGAUGUGAUUUUCUCAUCACCUGAUGGUAGCCUCAUGCCUUAGUACAUGACUCCACCUCAGAAAACCCCAGAACUCUCAACUCCUGGUCACACCAAAGCUGUCAACUUAGGCCUGACCAGGAGUUGACAACUGUGGUCUGAUUACAUGAUGACAGUGCUGUAUUGAGGCUCACCUCACCUGCUUGUGCUUUCUUAUAUCUAUACGUAGUUCUUUUGAUCAAAGCUGAAAAAGUAAAAGAUUUAAUCACUCAAGAAAUUAAUAUGCUGAAUAUGUUAUGAUUCAAUCAUUGUUUAUAAAUAUACGAGAAGUGUGUUUUUUUAUCAAUUCACGAGCACUACACUGCAUUACAGCUCCCAGUCAUUUUUCCUCUUCAUAAACACAGUAACCAUGGUAACAAACUUGUACAACUCCUUCACCUCUUAUUCUUGGACUCAUCAUUGUAUAAGCAAUACAUGUAUUGUAAAUUCCCAAUCUCAGCAGAUACAUUAAAAUAUACAGUAAUAUUUUUUACUGGAUUCCCACAUUACGAGAAACUGCUGUGAAGGUAACACCAGUAAGACACCAAACUCUUUUGGGAAAGAUAUUUUUGGAAAUUUUGCAUUCCUCCAUGUCGGCAUAUCACUUUGAGUGUACAUUUAUAAAGCUGAAUUCUGAAAAACUUCAUAUCAUUACUUAAUACCCUAGAUAUGAGCCUUCCUACAUUAAGACGUUUACUGUACUUGAGCUUGUGGUGAGAGUCAUGUUAGGGAUAUUAACAAAUGAAGAUGAGAUUUGAUAAUAUAGCCAUAUGUAUUCUGAUUCCAACACUUAGAUAUGAGGAGGAAAUGGUAUAUCUUCAGUAUAUAAAAGCAGCAAGAGAUCAUCUUUUUAGUUCUUCCAGUCUCGAAAGUGGUGAAUGCAUAAUGUUCAUGUAAAUAGUCGCUCUGAUUUUGCAAUUUAAUUAAUAUCGGUCUUUAUUCAUUCACUAUGUAGACAAACACAGAUGUAGUGAUAGUGAUACUCCUUCACUCUACAAAUACCUAAUCAAUUAUUGUACCUGGUGCAUUUUAGUUCAUACAGUAUUUAAUUAAUUUAAUUUGCAGAUAUGCAGAUACCUCUAGCUUUUAUAUUCCUAGAUGAGGACAAAGAGAAUGUACUAGUUGCAUGUUUAUCCACUCACUUGCAACAUUAUGAGUGUGUGUUGGUUGUGGUUUCUUUACUCUUUAGUAACUGUGUGUAUAUAAAAGCAGCAUGUGUUCCCUACUGUGUUUGCCUGUUGUGUGACAGUUCAGUAUAGAGAACGGCAGGAAGCAUUGCCCACUGCACAGUGGCGUCACCUAAUGUAUAGGAGUGUUGUGUUCUUCCCUAAUCACAAAUGCCAAGGAAACUGGUGCUAUUUACUUUGUAUAGUAAGCACAAAGGUUUACAGAAUUGAGCAUUUUAAGUGCACAUAACACAUGUUGUAGGACUCGUCAGAGAUAAAUAUAUAAAUACAGUAUAUAUAAUGUAACGAUUUAUAGUUAAUUACUGCAGCAACCUUAGAAGACUAAACUAUUUGUACAAUUGUAAAUACUAAUAGUGUAACACCUGUUUGCAUUAUGAGUGAAGUAUUAUAGAGAGAAUUUGCACAUUUUGUAUUAACUUUUACAAAAAAUAUAGAAGCACUUAAGUCCUUACUCUGUGUCUUGAACACUUUGUCUUUGUUUGAGUUCAUUUGUUUCUUUCUUUGCAGCCUUUGCAAAUGCAACACAUAUUGUACAUCAUUUAAGUAAGGUUGCCCCUUGUGUGUAGAGGGUUUUAUUUCUCAAAAUAUCUUGUACAGUAUUAUAAUUAUAAUUUGCACUGUUUGAACAUAUGGUCAUAUGAUUUUUUUUAUUUGCUUAUCUCCUCUGGGUUGUAAAUAUUGUAUGCAGUUCCUCUUUAUAUUGAUCAUGUAACAUGGUUUUCUAAUUUAUCUCACUACUAACUAUGUUGUGAGUAAAUAAAUUUUGUAUGGUAUGUCAAGAAAUUAAUUUUAAUUUUAUGAUUUGCUUCACAUGAAUAUAUUUUUAAUGUCUUGAAGUAACUAGAAGCUUUCUUUAGCUAUUGCUGUAAAUGUAUUGUUAAUGAGUAUAAUUCUUAAAUAAACAUACUGUGUUUUCUGUACAUCCAUCUCCACCCUCAUUUCUUCCUUUUUUUCCUUAAUUGUAAUACAGUACAAUACCUUUGAUUUUCCUCACUAACCUUCAUUGGUUCUCUCUCAUCAAUAAGUCUUCUCCUGACCUGCUUAUCUGACCCUGCAAUCCUUUUGUGAAUACAGUACUGUAUAUACAAGAUAUGAAUGUAUUUCUUAAUACUUAAAUAAGAUGUCACAGUACAGUAUUUAAUUUUAAAUAAUAAUUUGGUGGAAUAAUGACAUAAAUCACUGUGCAUGCCUAUUGAUUAUAGAGAAUUUAAAAAAAAAUUGGAAUGUAAAAUUGCUAUACAGGUAUGUUCGUAGUUCAUGUGUAUGACAUAAUGAUUACAAUAUAGACAUUUAUAAACAGGAUAUAUUUGCCUUCUUCAUUGUUUACUUGGAGACCAGCACAGCUGAUUUACAGGCAUUAUUUGCAUAACUAGUCACUUUCUGACUCCAUCUACCUCUUACAGGGAAUUCCCUGUUAACAAAUGCAACUAUAUAAACCACAGAUAUAGCCUUGCUUGCAUUACCAGAAAAUGUUUAAGAGUAGGUCUUGUAAUUUAUUUUAUUCUACAUUGUACAAUUCUUUUAUUAAAUAUUUAAGAUUAAUUUCAAGAUAAGAAAUGUAUAUCAUAUAUUUUCAAAGAUAGUAUAUGGUGAGUUGUUUCUUCGUCUUGUUAUAUGUUUUAUAAGAUGAUCUGUCAUAACUUUACUCAAAAUACCAACAUUUGGAGUACUGCAGCAUAAGGUGACAUAUCACCCAUCAUUAUCAAAGCUGAACGGGUCCAAAUUAUCAUUUUAGCAACUAAAAGGUCCCUUCCAGGUACCUGUGGUUGGCCCUUCUGCUCCCUUUUUAUUGAUAUUGGUAAAUUAGAUACCCCACUUGGCAUUAGGGCACACUAUGCUCUCAUGCUGGUCAUUUUGAGGUGCAGCAGUUCAGGGUUCCAUUUGCUAGUACAGGUACUGUAUAUGUGGAAGGUCCCCACUAGCCACAUAAGGUAACCCUUGUGAGCAUUACCUAACUCUUAGUAACUCUCCAGAAAUCUAUAUUGAAAAGUAAUAGCAUCUUACCCUAUACAGUACUGAGAAGUAGUAGAAUACUUGGAAAACUGGACUUAUUUGGUCUCCUCUGGUCACAUGUACGGUAACUGCCCUAGUUUCUCCGCUAGGUGUAAGUGGCAGACCCAAUGAGCUACCAGUUAAACAUUGUUCACGUCCCCUCAUUUUUCUCAGUAGGCAUUAGUGAGUCUGCCUGUAGGUCCUGGGUGGAGAUGGUAAAAUACACUCACACUGAGCAUCACUGCCAUGGCUGGCGGCACUGUGCCGUCUGGCUCCUACAAACAGUGUGGGCAGUGAGACACAGUACACACCCUUUGCUCUUAGUACCCACAGUUGUUACCACAAAAUCCUUUUAUGGACAUUUAGUAUUCCGAGUGUAUAUGCUUACAAUGGAUGCAGUUAGUCUGUAUUCUACUUUUUAGCCAGCUAGUAGAUUGUAUCAUUAGAAUUUAUUUUCCAAGCAUAUGUCGGAGUCUUUUUAAAUACAAGCUAUAGUUGAAGACCUGUGUCUUUCAAGAGAACAUGUAGAUAUUUGGUCUUGAAAGCAUCUACUGAUUAAUUGUUUGUACAUAUGACAGACUAUAUAUAUAUCCUUGAUUACUGUGUGAUGUGUUCAACCAGAAUCAAAAAAAUUUAUGAACUUGCGCCCGGAAUGUGUAGAAGCAGAAGGGUCCGUCUUGUUACACUGCCAUGUAUAGCAUAAUGUUUGGUUUACCUGUUCACAUUGUCAGUAUUCUUUAUACUAAAAUGGCUACAAGUGUGGCAAGCAUAUACUGUAUAGUGGAGGCAUAAUCGGUAUACAUAAAAAGGAAGUGGUGUAUGUGUACUGUACUAGCAAACUGAUCUACACAUAAAGGGGAUGUAGAUAUGUGUUUAAGGAGAAAGUGAACUCCACAUCAGGGGAGGUGGGAUGCAUGAAUUUUAUCCUAGGAAGAUGCUAAAACAAAGAUUGGGUUGAUAAUUUAGGAACAGAUAAAAUGUGGUUUACAAGUGUGAGUGUACUGUAUAUAGGGGGAAGGUGUUUUGGUCUACUUGUUAAGAAAGUGCAUACAUACAAUACAGUCGUUCACAUAAGAAGGGUAAAGGGAAGUCACUGACGGUUGAUCAAGGACCAAAAUUAUUAUUAUUUGAGUUGGUGGUCCACAAAGUAAACAAACAAUUUUUUAUCAGGAUAUUUGUUUAAAAGUGUGAGGUGGGAAUUGUUUAGUUGGGCUUUCUCAUCAGUAUAACAAUAUAAUGUGUAUCUCAAAUGGGUAUGGGGAGAAUUCUUGGACAGUCAACAGUGUCUGCUUGACCUGUCAGAAAAUGUAUCUAAUUUUUCAUGUUUAUUGUGUUUAUGUUACUCAUUAUCUGCUCCUUAGAGCAUUAUUCUGUGAGAACCAAGACUAACUACUUUCACAUCUUUGAAACUGUACAGCAAAUAAUACCAUUACUUAUGCCUUAGUCUGGAUACAACAGUACAUAUUGGUUUACCUUUAAGCUUAAUUGAACUUGUCCUCAGACAACAAAGAAGCACAACAUAGGUUAGAAUAGAAUGAACUAAACAAGAUACUUUGUUGUUUAUGUAACUUGUGUAUGUUUUUGCAGUUUUUUAAGGUAGAUAUGUGCAUAACAUUUAUAUUUCACUGAAUAUUGAUUUAUAGGAAUUUAAUUUGUCAUUAUUGUAUCAUAUACAUAUUUAAAGUCUCAAAAGAUGUUCAUAAAUGCAAAGAGUGACUAGUAGUUGCUCUCAAAUGUUGGACAACAACAUAGGAAAGUUCAACUGUUUAAUUAGCUAUCUAGGAUUACAGAAAUUGUUGUAAAUGUGUAAUUGUAAAUUUUGAGCCUGACAAUCUUGGGAAUAAAGAUUUCCUCAGUC